GAAUGAAAAAUUAUUGGGGGAAUAUUAAAGAAAAAUUAACUUCAAAAAAUGAAGAUGAAAAAAAUAGAAGAGUUGAAAAUGAUUUGUAUUAUUUUUUAAUUAAAUUACUAAAAGUGAUAGAUGGAAGGCUUUUAUUAAAUAUAGAAACACCUAGAAAAAUUAAAGAAAAUUUGUAUUUGGAAAAGAUUUCGAAAUAUUUUGUUGAACAGAUUAAGGUUAAUUGGAGUGUAUUAACUGCCAAUCAGAGACAAUUUGUUCAAGAAAUAUUUAAAUUAAAAGAAAAGGAGAUUCUAGAUGAAUGGGUAUUUAAAAUAGAAAAAAGAAUUAAAGAGUUAAAACAAAUGAAUGAGCAAUUGGAUAUAGGUUUGUGUUUUAGAGAAACGGCAUAG